AUGUUUCUUUACCUGUUCACUAUUCUUCUUGUUCUUAACACAUUCACUCAGGAUGCAGUUAUGGCCGCCGGGCCCUGUGUAGAUAUUCUUCCGCAACCAGCAUGCCAGCAAGUGAAGAACAAGGGCAACUGCCAAAGGAUGCAUAUAAUGCAGAACAUACUAUCCGGUGCCCUUGCUGUGAUUCUAUGGUGGCUGACCAUCAACGACUUGAAGCACUGUCUGGAGAUGCAUUUUAACGAUAGGGCCGACGACCGUCCUCGAGAUUACACAGUCUCAAUAUUCGAAAGCAAAAAAACGUUCGAAGUACCUUUCAUUGAAUGA